GGCAACGAACUUGAACGAACCAACGGCCAACUCCAACUCCGACAGUUACUCAUUUGAAACCGCUGAAUAUAGGGUCUUGCAUCUCCAGAGAUCGACGGACCAUGUCUCCAGCGCCCCCUCUUCCGCCGGCACAGUAUGCUGCUGCCGGUUCUGCUGGGCAAACUGGCCCCGGACCAGUUCAUAACAACACGGCUCAUCCGGGUGUUCAGACUUCGCCAAACUACCCCCAUCGUUUGAUCUUGCCUAUGCCCAAGAGAAGGGUACCUCCUGCCUCGGCGACCUCGUCACCUGAGGCUGGAAAGGCAGGACUUGUCGGUGGUCCAUCCACUCCCAGUCGAACACCGCUAUUUCACCUGCCGUAUACCUACCCUCCAGUUGACGGAAACUAUCCUCCUCCGCCCGCUUCUUCGCCUAGUCCCAACGCAUACACCUCCACUGCAUCCAUCCGUACGAGAGACGGGCUUCCAGUACCCCUUUCAGCCGUACAAUAUCAGUCUCCAGCUCAGCAGCAACUGACUCCUGGCCGCCAAGAGGUCAUAUUUGACAGCUCGGAUUCGGAGGGGGAUCUGGAUGCGGCAGAUAACUGCCGUCACUGCUCCCGUGGAUGCUGCGAUUGGUCAGAGGCGAACGCAUCUAACAAAAAGAAGCGCAAGAUCCCGGGAUUUGCUGCACAGGGCGGCUCGAACACUGGUGGAUCUGGUGCAUCGGUCUCCUACCAAGGCGUUGGUGGCGUAGGCCGUACUGCCAGUGGCUCACGUCGCCGGACAAGCACUCGAGGUACUUCAGUUCCUCUUUCUCCGGCCAACCCUGCUGUCACCCCCUCCAAAGAUCGUCAUGCGGCCGUUGGAGUUGAUGGUGAGAACGGCAUUGUCCCGGAGGGUGACUUUUCAUUUGUCUGCGAGAGCCCCAUUGCCAAGAACCUCCCAACACCUGUUCCUCACAGUUAUAUUCCCCCGCCAAUCCCUGAAGCUCCAGGUCCUUCACACCAAAUGCCACCUACUUCCAUGUCAGCACCUCAAGCACCUCCUCCUCCGAAACCUAACCCUCCCAAGAAGACACCAUCAUCGAGUCGUCUCCCGCCGCCGCGCACCCGCAAGCCUCGCCCUCAGAAUUCGGAACCGAAGGAAAUCUGGGUUUGUCAAUUUUGUGAAUACGAGGCCAUCUUUGGCGAAUGGCCUGAGUACCUUUCCCGCCUCUAUGAUAGAAAGGUACGCGAGGAGAGGAAAGCACGAGCCGAGCGUCGUCGAUUGUUGGAGAAAGCAAAGAUGGCAGGAAAGGGAAAGAAGGGAUUUGGAAAGAAGAAGACCACUACUCCUAUCACGAACAACAACACUCAUGGCACGGACGCGAAUGGAGCACCCAUUGAAGGCAUUGUGGACAGUGGUCAUGCAGAAGGUGGGAAUGGGCAUCAUAUAGAUGGUCCACUGAGUGAAGGGACUGGGACACAGAGUGAGCAUGGGAGUUAUGAGGGCGAAGGGCACGAUAAGAUACUACCGCCAGGACUAACUCUACAUUCGGGACAUCAGGCAAGGGUAGGCGCAGGGGCGAGGAAGGUUGUUGACUUGGAUGACGGCGACGAGAUACCCGUCCCUGAAACAUUUGAGCAUGGCGGGGUCGACGAAGAUUCAUUCGACUCGGUGGAUUAGUGUGUCAAUGGUCAAGACGGCGAACGACGUGGCCAAAAUGACGGAU